AUGAUCUCGCUUCCCGCGUUAGUAUUUUGCCUGUUUGUCCUCGCUCCUUGCGUGCCUCAAAAUAUCCUACGCGUCCGCCCGUCACCAAGCGACCACUUGCCAGUGCCAAACCUGCGCGAGGAUCCCGACCCUGCACUGGAACCACACGAGGAGGAUUUGGAUGUGCGAACACUGUUAAGGAAACUUGGGGGUAGUUUUGACCGUAUGUAUUUGUCUGAUACCUUGCCGCUACGCGACAAUGUGUCCACAAUAAGUACGCGUCUUGGCUUGACCGGACCACUUCCACGUGAGAUACGGAAACUAGAUCUGAGAAACAGUCCUCACGGGAAAGCCCUUAGAGUGGGUGGGAGAGCCCGCCAAAAGUUCCGACAAUGGCUUUGGUCUUUCACGCGUUGCCCUGUUCUUUCUGUGUGGAAGGACCUUGGCAUUCGGUUUUGGCCACGUUAUGUGAAGGAGGGGCGGUGCGAGAAGGAGCGCUCCUGCUCUUUACCAGAGGGAAUGUUUUGUAAGCCGGUCAAAUCCGUAACCGUCAAACUCCUCCGGUGGCAGUGUCAGGGCUUUCGCCCUCUCAGGCACUGCACGUGGAUACGAGCACACUAUCCGGUGAUCUCCAAGUGCAAGUGCACCUGCUAA